GUGCGUGGCGGGCCCGCCCUCAGUGCUCCCGCAGAGCCUGCCCGCAGGUCUGACCCGAGGCGGCUCCCGGGCUGACGUACAUGUCGUAGUUCUGGUCCUCUGUCUCCUGCUGCACCGACAGUUCCUCCAGCGUGGCGUCCACGUCCAGCUGGUUCGUCUCCAGCUGCCGGAGCAGCGUCUCUCUCUACGGGGGAAGCAGACCCCUUCAGCCUCGUGUCCCUGUUCGGCCAGCCCUCGAGGAAUUAAGCAGCAGCUGAGCACGGGGCAUGGCGCCCAAGGCCUCGUCCGACACCCAGGCGGUUCGCCGUGGCUCCGAGGACGAGGUCGUUGAUGUUAGCACCCCCCACCGAAGACGGCGCCCCGCCCACACGCAGCCCCAGAGGUCCAGGCGGCCCCGACGUGCGAACGCGGCUGUGGGGCCGGAGCGCAGCGCCUCAGCGCCUCCGCGCAUCAGCCGCACAACCUUCUGCCGCUUGCUCCAGCGACACGACACGCGGUGUGGCCCACCAGGGCCCUGGUUUCCUUCCAAAGACAGAAGGACAGGAGAGGAAAGACGACCACCUCCCCGGGCAAGCCCACGCCUUUCUGGACAAAGAAUGGAAACCACUGUGGCUGCAGAGGGGCCCCAGGCGAGCAUCCCAGGGACAAGAUGUCACGAGUCCUGCCGUGAUGUGCCCAGAAGGGCAGUCGCCUCUGCGGGCUUCUCCCUGAAAGCCCAGAGCCUCGACCCGGAACGGGGCUCAUGGCGAUCGCACAGCCCAGAGCAGGCUCAGGACGACGUGGGAGGUGGGGCUGGGCCUGAGCGGGACACCUCGGGGGGCAGCGUGUGGCAGUCGGCGGACCCUCGCUGCUUGUGGUUUGGAGAGAGGUACCGAAGAAGCUGAGUGGGCGGUGUGAGAGCCCUCUGCACCGUCCCUGUCCCUUCUGUGUAAACCUAACAUUGCUCCAGAGUAAAACGUUUAUUAAGAAAA